UCAAAACGGUACAGAAUUCGUGCGUUCUUUUCACGUGCCAAUUAAAACGGCGCGUUAACCUUCUUCCCGCGCUUUUCGUUCCCUCCUUUCGAUAGACAAAAAGGAUGGGCGAAUCAAACCCUAGAUCAAAAUGGAAGGAGGGCAUGGAACCGAUGCAGAGAGAGAAGACGAAGAUUCGGAAAGCGAGCUUCUUCGAGACCGAUUCAGACUCUCCACCAUCUCCAUCGCUGAAGCAGAAGCCAAGAAAAAUGGAAUGGAUAUAUCUGAAUCGAUAGUUGCUUGCAUUGCCGAUUUGGCCUUCAAAUAUGCAGAACAACUGGCAAAGGACCUUGAGCUUUUUGCACAGCAUGCUGGUCGUAAAUCUGUGAACAUGGAAGAUGUCAUACUUUCUGCUCAUAGAAAUGAACAUCUAGCUGCCUCAUUGAGGUCCUUCUCCAAUGAUCUGAAAGCAAAAGAACCCCAGUCUGAGAAAAAACGGAAGAAAGUGUCUAAAAAAGAAGACAAAGCUAGUACCAGUGCAGUACAUAUUCCUGAUCUUUAAGAAUAGUACAUAACAUCUCAAUUUAGAAAAAAAUUGUGUUGUUGCUUACCCAGAUAUAAUGCUUUUGAACUUUAAGCAAUUAGACUUUCCAUCGGUCCUCUUUGGCUCUGUUUGGUCAAGGGCUUUCUAUUAACAUGGAUCAACCUAUUUGAUUUUCAACUUGCAAAAGACUGCAGAUGUAAAUCUCUGCUGCAUUUCAGUGGUUCUACCCCUGCAAAAGUCAUUUGGCCUUUUGGGUCCACAUUUGUUUUGCUGACCUUGAAUUCACCCAUGUUAUUGAUCUAUAAAUCUUCUUACA